ACUGAAAUUCGCCUUAAUGUAUUUGUCAGUAGGAAAUAGAUCAACUUUCUCAUGACUAACAGGGUUUAAUGGUACCCUUAUGUGUAUUUUGCUAUUUGUUUGAGACCAAGUGUAAUCUUUCACUAUUAUAGGCAUCUUUUCUACGCGUACCAGUUUUAAUAAUGUACUCUGUGUCUGUGUAGGUACAAGAAACCAAUAAACAAAUUACGUUGCCAUAACAAUGGACUUGAAUUUGGCGCUCACAGCGUUCCGUUUAACGCAAUAAACGCUUUCCUUAAAUGUUUAAUAUUUAUUUAUUUACAUAGCAGCUUCGAAACUGUUUAUAUGCACUUCGCCGUCCUUCGUUUUGCCCUCGUUUCUCAUAUAAAUAAAAGUAUUUUAUUUCAUAUUUUCCUUAUCCAACAAUAAAACCGGGUGUGCCCCUAAUAUGACUCAAACAACGCAGACUUUCAGUCUAGAUCACUGUUCAAUUAUUAAGUGUUCUCAGAAUUGAUAUGCGAUAAAAUAAAUAUUGUAUUAUUCGGUGUCUGUGUAUCAGUCAGUGACACGGUUCGUUACGAGCUGGUCCCGAUUUGGACUACCAAAAUGACUUCAAUAGUACAAACCGUGUUAGGAAACGUGGUCCCAUCAGUGUUGGGCCGCACUCUAACUCACGAGCACUUGGCUAUAAACCUCGAACAGUUUUACAUGACGCCGCCCUCUGCCCUCGCUCCAAAAUUCGACAGCCAUCCUAAUUUUCAUAUAGAAACUCUUGGAUUUGUGAGGCAGCACCCAUACAGUCUGAAGUAUAAUUUGGUAAUGGAUGAUAAGGAAGCGAAUGCAGCUGUUUUACAUGAUGUUGUUGAAUAUGGAACUGCUGGUGGAGGUACCAUUGUGGAGAACACGACAGAAGGCAUUAGACGCAACUUGAAGUUUUACAAAGAAGUAUCGCUUAGAAGCAAGGUGCACAUCGUGGCUGGUACUGGUCACUACAUUGCCGCCACGCAGAGCUCCGAUACACUGGACAAGACAUCGAGACGGUGGCGUUGUGUUGCACGCGCCUCUCUUACUGGAGCUUGCUGUGGCCGCUGGGUGGCGGCCACAGAGUGUGGCGGGGCCCGCAUUUGAACAUCUGACGGGCCAAUGUCGGAGGUGCGGAAGAAUGCUUUGGCGAUACCCGUGCCCUCGACAAUAGACGAAAUUCUGAGGCCACGGCUACGCACAUAUUAUCCACAACGUAUUGCCCAAGAUGGACACCAAAGGAUUUUCGCGCCAACAGAUAGACACGAUUACCAUAGACAACCCCGCAAGAUGGCUUGCUAUGGACAAUAAAUCAUAACCUUUUUUAUGAAGUUGGUUAGAGAUUGUAAUUCAGCACAUUAUGGUAACAAAUGUUGUAAAAUGUGAUUGUCCGUCAGUUUCACAAACGUCCAUUAAAGUUAAAGCUUCAUUAAAUCUAUGGCUGUCACUUUAUAUCUUAUUGACAAAGAGAGUCUUCAAUAGAUUUAAUGAAGCUUUAACUUUACUGGACGUUUGUGCAACUGACGAACGUCUUAAAAAACAUAAAAUUUUUGAGCAAUCAUUUGGAAACAGAUUUUAUUUUAAUUUAAUCUUUUGAUAGGUUUUUGUACACAGUAAUUUUUGACGGGAAUUUGUGCAAGCGCAAGUAGUAUUUUCUUCGUAUAAUAACUUCGGACAAGCAAAUUUAAUCUACGAAUUUGGUAAAAAUUUGAAUAUCAUGGCGAGCGGAUGGAAUGGAAUCAUUUUUUAUGUUAAUAUUCGAAAAACGAUUCAGAUGGAUCCGUCUUAAAUUUGGAUAGGUACCUGGUACCUACUAUAAUUUUCCUUGCAUCUAGAUAACAAUUGUAGCUGGAUAUUGAUGUGGCACGGCAAACAAUAUUGAAUAACUAUCGAAAAAUUAAACAAUCUGUUACAAUAUGGUGAAUUACAGAAAAUGCACAACUCCAUCUGUGAAUAUAUAAUUAAUAUAUAUGUUAUUAUGUAUA